AUGGCUUUACCAUUACAUUCAACAUUAACAGUUUCAUGCGAAGAGUCUGAAGAACAAUCGGGACCAACAAUUGUUCAUAGUACAGGUGUUGGUGAUUAUAAAGUUCAACCAGAAAUUAUUGCACUUUUACAAAAAUCAUGUUCAAAUGAUAAAUUAUGUGAUCAUGAGAAAGGUGUUCAAUGUACUGAUUCAGCUGCACAUAUUAUUGAAACAUUUGAACGUGCUGGUUUUUCAGUAACAACUUCAUCAACUGCUGGUAGUCGUAAAAUGUGGUUCUUAACAAAAACAAGUGAAGGUGAUGCUGAAUAA